AUGCGACGACAGAUAGCCGUUUCGGAUCACAGUUCUGUUGCAACUCAACCAAAUCAUAAUCCGGUUCGGAAUCCUCGAAGUGAAUCACCCCCAGACAUCCUCGCGAAACUAGAAAGAGAAACUGCAGAAUUGACGCAUUUCCUCAAAUCGUGUACCCCCGACAUGUCCCAAUAUUUACACCAUUUCAUCGGGUUUGGCUGCAAAAACAAGAAAUUUUUAUCGGUUGCCAAUACAUGGGACGAUAAGGAGGUCAAAGGGUUUUUGAAGGGUGUUUCGGAUAGGGGAGAAGUUCCAAUGACUCCAAUGGAGAUGUUGGUUCUUAAAAAUCACCUUCGUCGUUACUUCACUUAG